UCACCUCGACAGUCUAAAAGCAUUCAUUUAAAAUAAAUUUUAUGGCAAAUAAUGUUACAUGUUGGAUGUUUUCUGAGGCUAGUUUGUCUGAGUUGUGUUUGAAAGGUUGUUUUUGUGAGUUCUGCGUGGAGUGUCACGCUCACAGCUGUAGGCCCCUCACCAGAGUCCAACGCUAUUUUGAUUUUUCUUCUUUUCUUCUUUUUUGUCUCUUUUAGCUGCACAUUGCUGGAGAAUAUGACAUCUGUGAAAGUUGCAGGACAGGCCCUUCAAUGUGGGGCAUUGUUCGGCACAUCAUUUAUCUUCUUUUCACGGUCGAGGAGAAGUUUUAGAUUUCCAAGGAAAUGUGAGGAGGACCUCAACAAACAGCUCAAACGGAACAGACUGAACGGAGAAUCUGAGCUGGUGAGAAGAUGAGAUGCGAAGAGAAAAUUCCUCUCAGCCCAGAAGCUGCAGGGCUCUCUGGAAACCUGCCAUGUGACAUUUGGCUGCCAGCGCUCCGUCAGAAGGUCAAAGGGGGCCCCAUUGCACAUUUAAUGGGAAAAUGCAGAAAACCAGUGCGACACAAAACAUCCAGCACCAAGACUUCUUCUUUAGCGAGUCUCUGGGGGGUGUCGGCGGGUUUGGGUGCACAGCCGAACACCAACAAUUGGCGCAAUUGGAGACGUUUGAGCGCAGGAGGUCAAAACUGCAAAACCCCAAGUUUCCUAUGAGCAAAAAGAUUUUCCCUUGGAUGAAAGAGUCCAGACCCUCAAAUCAGAAACACGGCAGGAGAAUUGCAGACUGCACCACUGUCAACGAAAAGUGUCCAAGCGCGACCCCGGCCUCCAAGAGGACGCGUACCGCGUACACGAGCGCGCAACUGGUGGAGCUGGAGAAGGAGUUCCACUUCAACCGCUACCUGUGCAAACCGCGGCGGGUGGAGAUGGCCUGUCUGCUCAACCUCCACGAGAGGCAGAUCAAGAUUUGGUUCCAGAACCGAAGGAUGAAGCAGAAGAAGGACGAGAGAGUACAGGGCCUCACCACCACCUCCUCCUCCUCACCCCCGUCCUCCCCCUCCGCCCCGGGCAGUCCCACUCUGUCAAGCCUGGGUUAUGUCCAUCUGGGCGGGGAUUACCAGACGGCCUCCUCUCAGCUCAAGUCCCAACAACACCAGUCCCAGCCGGCGUACCCGACAGAAUACUCCAAAUAUCCAGCUCCAGGCUUCACGCACGGCCCGCAGUUUGGCGUGCAGUACGACACGCACACCACCUCACGCACAACAGACCCAAAUGUGGAUCUUAACGGGUCAUAUUUCCCACAGAGCUGCACUCAGGACAGAAUCAUGCAAGCUCCAAAACUGACUCAUCUCUAGCAGAAACAUGUGAAUUCCUUGACUCUCCACAAAAAUAACUUUCCCUAUAAUUUAUAAAUGACUUCUGUCUUGAUGCACGUAGCUUAUUAUUAUUAUUAUUAUUAUUAUUAUUAUUAUUAUUAUUAUUAUUAUUAUUAUUAUUAUUAUUAUUAUUUAAUUAUGUAUUGGACUAAUUAAUCUAAAUAUUAGUCUCAAGUGUUAUUUAUUUAUCAUUUAAACAUAUUUAUUGAUUUUAUAUCAGUUGUUGUGUUAACUUUUACGCAUGGGCUUCUUCUAAAUAUUUUGUUUCAGAGACAUCCAGCCCUGGAGAUUUAAAUGUUCGCUGUUAUUUCAGCUACAUAAAUAAACGCAAUUUGUUGAGAUUUCA